AUGGUAUCUGCGACACCAGAGCAAGAGGUGAUGGCUACGACGAGUGCAUCAACAAGUGCAGAAGCAGUGUCAGGUGACGCUGUUAUAAUGUACACAACCGGAAUCAAUACCGGUUCUAAUAACAGUAACGGCUCUAACGACGGCAGUGAACAUCUACAACAUGAGAGGUAUGAGUGUCCUCAUCCAGAUUGUAAUAAGAGUUUCUCUAGACAAGAACAUUUGGGUAGGCAUAAGUUGAACCAUUGGCCUAAAGAGAUCUUUACGUGUCAAUAUACAUUUCCUGAAACUGGAGUUGCUUGUGGGAAGACAUUCGUUAGAAAAGAUCUAUUGGUAAGACAUGAAAAAAGACAUACCAAGGAAAAGAAUAGAUUACAUAGUAAAGAGAAAAAUAAAGAUAAAUCAAAGAGUGCCACUGAUACUGCUGGUAAUAAUGUCAGUUCUAAUACUCCAAAGAAAGUCAUGAAGAGGAAAAAUAAAAAAAAUGUUGUAUCUGUGACUGUACCAGAUGCAACUGCAGUUCCUGCACCAAAAAAGAGAAGAACUAAGAAAGCUACUAUGAAGAUAGAUAGAUCUGCUUCUGUUCCAGCAGUUACACAAGAUUCAGCUAACACUGGGAAUUCUAUGCGUGGUCUUUUAUCACAGAAGUUUAAUUCAAGAAGUUCUGUAACGAUGACAAACAUUAAUAACGGAUCUAAUGACAUGAGUAAUAAUAAUAAUAACAAUAACAAUAACAAUAACCCCAGUAAUAUCGGUGGUACGACUUUCUAUAGUAACAAUAAUAAUGGUAGUAGUUCGAAUUUUUUUGAUUGGUUAUGGGCUCCAGAUACAAAGCCUAAAAUGAAUAUGAAUUUGAUAAAUGGAAAUAUUAAUAGUAACAGUAAUGGUAAUAAUGUUCAAGGCGUCAAUGUAAAUAGUACUAACAAUAAUAAUAGUAAUAUACCGAAUGUUAAUGUAGGUAUUGCCCCACAACAGUUACCGAUGCAGCAGCAACAUAUGCAGCAGCAUCAACCUAUGCAGCAACCUAUUCCUCAACAGGUAUCCCAUGAGGCGCAACAGUACCAGAUGCAACAAAUACAAAUGCAACAGCAAAUACAACAGCAGCAGCAACAGCAGUCACAACAACAUUAUCCAUCACAACAAGUGCAACAGACACCACAACAAAUGUCUCAGCAGAUAGGAAGUCAAGGGACAACACCAUUCGGGCAUCCAAUGACUAAUCCGAUAGGAACACCUCAAGAUCUAUUUUCUGUGGAUUAUUUGAAUCCUGAUCCCUUACAGCAUUUUAUGCGUGAGAUUAACUCCUCUAUAUUCCCAUUCACUUCUACUAAUGAUGAGCCUACAACCACUGAUACUAAUAAUAACGAUAAUGAAAAUAUUGUUACUGAUCGUAGUGUAGAAGAAAGUAUAAGCACUAACGUAUCGCCUACAAAUGUAACAAUACCAGAUAGGAAACUAUCUACUACUGAGAUACCGCAUGGUAGAAUACAUAAUGUCCCCAAUAAUUUCAAGAUAGCUCAAUCACUUACUGAUUUACAACGUCAUUCUUCAGAACCCGGGUUACACUCUAAAAUUAGUGAAGAAGAUGUUAGACGUCAAAGCUCAUCAAUAGAUGCUUCAAAGGAUAAUACAAAAGUUAUUCCACAGGCAAAAUUAAGAUAUUUUGAUACUCGUGGUGAAGAUGUAAUUGAUAAUUUGGGAAAACAGAAAUCAAAUAUUGAUGAUAUGAGGAGACAGGCCUCUUCAUCAAGUAGUAAUAGUGCAGACACACAGCCAAGCCGUCCUUUAGAUAUUGAUGCGAAGAUCGAUGAUGUAAUGGAUUCAUAUAAAGAACAACUAAAAUCAUCGUUGAAUGCGAUUCCAUCUUUAUUUUCAUCAGAUCCUAAAACUAAAUACGCACUAUCGGAGGCUAAAUGUAUGGCCUUAUUUCAACAUAUUCCUGAUAUAAAAUCUAUUCCGCAAAGAGUCUUACAGAUCACUUUGAAAUCAUUUUGGGAUAAUUUUCAACCAAAAUAUGGUUUAUUACACAAGCCAUCGUUUCAGGUUAAUAAUGAACCAGAUAUUUUGAUCUUGUCUCUGAUUAUGACAGGUGCUAGUUAUUUAGGUCCUCAAUAUAGAGAAACAAUUUCUGAUCCUAUCUGUGGUCCAUUGAGAUGGAUGAUCUUUUCUCACCCAGAUUUCCAACCACCCUCUCAUACUUAUAUUAUUCAGGCAUUAUUACUGUUAGAGAAUUAUGAAAAGACAUGUACAAAUAGAUAUUUACAUGAGAGAUCCUAUUUACAUCAUGGUACUACUAUGCAAUUAUUAAGAAGAACUCCUUCAUUGGGUGGUCAUCCAUUAAGAGAUAAAAAAAGACAUAAUCAUGCUGAUAAAGGCACACAACUAGAUGAUUUCUUAAGUGAAGAAAAGAUUAAAAAUGUGGUAACAAGGUGGGUUGAAUAUGAAAGUUUGAAAAGAGUAGCAUUUUUCGCAUUUUAUAUGGAUGUGACCCAUGCUGUUAUCUUUGGUUAUAUGAAUUUAUUUAUUAGUUUUAAACAAAUACACUUGGACUUACCAUGUCCCGAUGAAUUAUGGUCAAGUUAUGAUUUAAGUUUUGAAAAAUUGUCCGAAUUUGGAUUCUUUGGAGAUGGUACAUCGAAAUACAAGAAUAUUACAUUUUUAUCUGCUUUGAAGUGUUUAAUAAGAGAUGUUCUGAAAAAAUUGGAUAAUAAGGAAGUAGUUGAUACAUCUAUGCGUGGUGCUAAUGGCAGUUCUAACGGUAAUGAAAAUGAAAAUGAAAUAAGUUUAUUAUUUGAUAAUGGUAAUCAAAGUAUAUUUGGGAAAAAAAUUCUGUUGGCAGGUAUCCUAUCUAUGAUGUUUCAAUGUCAAGAAGAAGCUUUUGAUCCAUUGAUUGGUGUUGGUGCAUUUAUAAAGGGUAUUGGUGAAGAAAUUGCGAAGACAAUGACAUGGAGAGAAGUGAUGGCGUUUGCAAUUAAUUAUUGGUUUUGUGAAAUCCAACAAAGUUGUAAUGAAACUAUUAAUUGUUUAACACCAGAUAAUACUAUUGAUGAAGAUGAUGAAUUUGCUAAUGAGCCAAUCUUACAAGUAUGUGAUUGGAAUCGUAAUGAAUUAGAUUGUAAAUUACCUGUAUAUCAUAUGUCUCAAGUGAUAUUAAGAAUCUUUCAUCAUGAUUAUUAUAUUUUUGCAGGUGUUCCAUGGCGUAUGAAUGUUAAAGUAGGAGAAACUGAAUUUGAUUUAGUUUAUCAAAAGAUUUUAAAUUUUGCCCAGGAUAAAUAUAAUGGUGGUGUCACAUUAAUCUAUGCAUAUCAAUUUUUAUUCCAAAUGUUUAUUCGUGUAGAUAAAGAUGAUCCAACAAAUAUUACUGUGGAUCAUAGUUAUGAUUUGAACACUGAUAUCUAUAUGACUCGUCCAAACACAUUAGCAUUAGUGACUUUAUUAAUUUGGAGUUUAAAUUUUGUAUUAUAUGGGCCUGAAGUUAGUAUUUGGGAUAAUGGAUUAAACCAACGUCAAAGUAUUUCAUCAAGUUAUUCCAGUGAUAGUGAUCCAAAAGUUGCAUUACGUAACGAGUACAAUCAAAAUUUGAAACAAAAAUAUGUUCCUGUGGAGUCCUUUGAUGAUUAUUUAAUCCGCAUGUACAAACACUUACACAUUCGUAAUGAUCAAGAUGUAAUCUCCUUCCACAACGAAAUUUUCCAAAAGGCAAACUUAAUACCCACUAUUCCAAGAAAACAAAAUAUGUGUGGUUUCCUAAUGCAUAUCAUUGCGAUAUUUUCUACGAGUUACUGGGACUUAGGUAAAGAAUUCAACCGUCUUCUAGAGAAUUGUCUGGAGAGAUCUUUAGGUAAAGCCUCACAUACUUGUUACAACAUGUACGACGUCUGA